UAACUUAAUUCACCUGCAAUCAAAUAUGCUUCAGGACUAGAGAAAUGUAAAAUACGAUGAAUAUAUUGAAACGGAAGGAGGCUUUAGCAAAAAUAGAAUCAAGAUGUGGUUCCAUGUCUUCCAAGACGAAGAAUUUUAUCCAAAAGAUUUGUUACAAAAAGUCUGCGUCCAUAGAUAUGACUCGUUAUGGAUUUAUUAGAGAUAGUAAAGUAAGACCAAUUAAUUUGAUGAUGAGACCGCUAAAGGAACAACUGGAAAGGAUAUGGGGAAAAUCUACCCGAAUUCCCAACAUCCGGAAACAAUCUCCUUCCAGACGCAACGAACGAGCUGUUUCCACAACAAAGACUGGAAAAACAGCAACAAAUCAGACUAAAGCUAUAAAAAAAAGCAACGAACAUACUAGUAAUUAUUCACGAAUUCACGACUUAAUUAACUGUAAAGAUAAAAGAAGGCUGUAAUAAUCCAUGGUGUGUGGCUAUUUUGUAACUAACGAUAAAACUUUUAAAAAUAAAGUAAUAACGAUUAGUUCAUUUGAGGUAUUCCUUUCUCAGACCUUGAAUUUCUGUCUAAAAAACUCACUAAUUGCAUUUAAAA